UGAUGUUAUGCAGCUUAUACAACAAAUCAAUAAUAUUAAUCUAGAAGCUGAAGAAUCUUUUUGGUUAAAACUUGCUGAACUAGGCGAAAAAGGAUCAUUUAAAAAAUGGUCUACAUUUGAAGGUCUAUGUGAAGUUAUGUUGGAAAUAACAAAGAGAGAAGAAGCAGGAAAAGGAUUGCAAUUCAAAAUAUUAGAUAAUGCUCUCCAUGACUACAAUCUUUGCUUUGAAAAUGUUGCACGAGUAAAGAGAUUAGUUGACAAGUUUAAUUAUUCUGGUCCAAUAAUUGCAAUGUCAGACAACACAAAAUUAAAAGAGCGUCUGGGGUACUCUUCAUUAUUAGUAAAAGUGACAAAUAAUACUGACAUAUACAAUGUUAUUGAUUUAAUUAAACAACAAAAUGCAAUUGCUACACAAGUUUGUUUAUAUUUGCUACAAGUAAAUUCCACUUCCCAAAUUUCCACCAAUGGUAGUAGGCUUGUUGCCAAGGAAACAGCUGAUGAAAUAUUUGAAAUACACAACAGCUUGCUUGAAAUGUGCAGCCAACUUGCACUUCAUGUAAUAUCUUUUGGUGCUGAUGAUAUCAAUUUUCAAGCACCAAUAUAUCCAAAUGUUGGACCAAUAAUUAGUGUUAGUGACCCAUCUCAUGCCAAAAAAAGUGCCAGAAAUGCACUUUUUUCUGGGGCAUGUUUUUUAACUUUUGGAAAUUGCAGUGCACAAUAUGAGCAAAUUUUAAACUUGAGCAAACUUCCUGAUUCUGUUUUGUAUUCUCGUGAUGUUACUAAGAGAAAUGGAACCUUUAGAAAGAUGUUGUGUUUCAAUGUUAGGAUAUUUCUUUUGCACCAUUGGAAAUCACAUAUUUUACAUUGUUCUAGUUAUUAUCCUAAUCUGAUGAGCAUAAAACGAAAUUUUCUUGCAUCAGAAACAUUUAAUAUUCUUACAAGUCUUUCAGAAUCUAUGAUAUUGCUUGUAAAAGCACAUAGGGAGUACUAUCCUAAUUUUCCAUUUUUUCCAUGGAUGUAUGGUUCAGAAGGUUGUGAACACUAUUUUGGUUUAGUUAGACAAAUAAUACCUGAUUUCACAUUUAAUGAUAUGAUUUCUCUUGUACCUAAGAUACCAUAUUUAUAUAAAGCAUAUUCAUCAAAUGAUACAGAGAUGAAGGAUAAGACAUCAGCAGUUGGGUAUCUGACACAUUACACUACAUAUGUUAGUUUGAAUCAAUUAGAAAUUUUAAAGAGAUUGCCAACAGAUUCAGAAAUCAAGGGAAUAAUUCAUAUUGCAUAUAAGCAAGCAACAGCUCUUGCAAAGAUUCUCAUGAUGAAAAAUUCAGAAAAUUUUGACAAUUUUAUUAACAUGAAUGUUCCUUCUGAUGGUGAUGAAUCUCAUUAUAAAGGUGGUUUAAUGGAAAUUUCAAGAUUGUUAAACCCCAUCCAAGUUUCUUGUCAACCAUUAGAAAAAAAUCAAGUUCAGAUUAAUAGCUUUGAAACUGGAGUUCUUUAUGAUCAGCUUGAUUUAGACUUUUUUAUACAUCAGCAUCACACUCAUGAAGCAUAUUCUAAUAGAAGAAUGGAACGUAAAGUUAUUGGAAUUAGAUUGCAGCAUGAUGAACAAACAAUAAAUCAAAAUUUUGCUCAAAGUGUUGCUUCUUAUCUUAGUGCAAAUCAUACUACACAACCUGGAAUUCCUAGAAGAAAUAGAUGGUUAGUACGUUCAUGUCUAGAAGUAUUAGAAAAAAAUAUGCCUGCUUUAAGAUUUCCUCAAAUUUCUACUGCAAACAUAAAUUCUCUAUUUCCAAUAACUAUUAAUGGUUUUGAAUCUCAUUGUGAAAUUGAUUCAAUAUCCUAUAUUUCAUGUCGAGUUUUUUUGCCUCUUCAAUUUAACCUUUUUUCUUGUUUUUCUUCUGAUGGUUUCACUAUCAUGUGUCAUUUACCUUCUUCUUCAUUAUUAUAUUAUUUGGGUUAUGGUGAUUUUGCAUUUCAUGAUAAACCACGUGGUUUAUUAACAUUAAAUGGUGGGUAG